GACAUCCACGCAAACAAAUACGAUUAAUAAAAAUAAUACCAUACAAGAAUGCACAAGUACACUCAGGUCAGAAAUUUGUACUCCUGAAAUGUCUCAUGUUGAAGAAAAAUUUCAAUUUAUGAACAAUGAUGUGGUCCCCACUAACAAUGAUACUGAUACACAAAAACAGGACAAUGAGAAUAUUGAAAUGACUCCCCGACAGUUAUCACGUAGAUUAGAUGUAGAAAAUUUAACUCCAACAUUCAGAAAACCCGACUGUUUUUUAGCAGAAACUAAAGAAGUGAUGAAAAUUAUUACACCAGUAAAAUUAUUCCCUACACCAUCCAAGACGCAUAUAAAAGAAGCCUUUAAAAUUAUUCCUCCGUACGAUUCUGAAGAAAAUGAGGAAAUUAAACAUAAUUUUAGUAAUUUAAAUAACAUUACAUUAGCGUUGAAUGAACAGAAUCAUGAAGAUAAUAAUGGUGAAGGGAAAUUUUCUCUAGACUUAGACUCUAGACAAAUACACAACGAGCCUAGAUCAGAAAAUGAGGCUAGUAAAGACCACCAUGAAAUUGUAAAACAAUGUUAUAUUGAAGGUGGUGAUGAUAUAAUUAGUAUAGCCGAAGAUGAGACGGUCUCUGUCUUACUCAGACCCACGAACGAAACAUCACAUACAG